AAACAAUAAAGAGAGAGCUUCAGUUCAUAGUUUUUGUCUCAAGGACACUGAGACAGAAAUUAAACAAGAAGAGAACCAUGUAGGAUGUAGCAGAGAUAAGGUUCCACCACCUUCUGUUUACCCUUUUCCUCGCCAUGGAUCAUUCCCUGGUUAAAAGAAAAGCUCUCUCUUUUUAACCUUGCUUGCCUUUCUCAAAUAAUCCAAUCAAAUAUAUACCCAAACCCACUUAUAAAAGCACAUCCAAAUCUGCAAGCAAAGUAAGCCGCUUUUUUUCCUUUCCUUUUCCACACACUACCUUGUGAACACUUUCACGUCCCCCUUUUUAUAUCCCUUCGCAAUCUUGAGAUGUGGUUCCUUCCUUCUUCUUUUAUUUUAUAUUUUUAUGGGGUUUCACUCCGUAGCAUUAAUGGAAUUCCAAAAGUUGUGUAUUAAUUAAUGUAAUUGCUUGCAAUAAGAAAAGGCAAACCCAGAUAAAUAUAUUAUGCUUGUCUACAUUGUUGAAUUUGGUAUUAAUUGAGUGAUAAGGAAGGGAUUACUAAGAUUCUCCCAAGUGGUUUUUUUUUUUAUAGGUUUUGAAUGAUCUUUUAUUUCUUUAUUGGGGUUAUCCAACAUUGCUGUUCCAGAUGGACUCUAUAUUUUUGGCUCAAUUGAUGCCGUAGGGGCCUGCAUUAUUCAUGGAACUUGUCCUUAGCAAACGGGUAUUUGCAUUUUCACUAACUUGGUGGGCUACUUUCUCUGGAGCAUACUCAGUGGAGGGAUUGAGAGGAGGUUCUAAAGUUAGAGGAGUAAAUUUAGGAGGGUGGCUGGUUGUGGAAGGUUGGAUUAAGCCCUCGCUAUUUGAUGGCAUUCUUAAUGGAGACAUGCUUGAUGGUACAGAGGUUCAAUUCAAGUCAGUGACAUUGCAGAAGUAUGUGUGCGCAGAGAAUGGGGGUGGCACGGGUGUUGCAGUAAAUAGAGAUGCUGCAUCUUCAUGGGAAACCUUCAAGUUAUGGAGAGUCUCUGCAUCGGAAUUUCAGUUCCGCACCUCUCAAGGCCAGUUUCUAACAUGUGAAGGUGAAGGGUGCUCAAUCUCUGCAACUGCAAACACGUCUUCAGCAGGGAAAUUAUUUUAUAUUGAGAGAAAUAGCAACAAUAGAGUUCAUGUCAAACUUACUAGUGGGGCUUACCUACAGGCUACAAUAGGAAACCAGCUCACAGCAGAUUAUCCAGGGAAACCAGGAUGGGAUGAUAAUGCAGCCACUUUUGAAAUGACUAUUGUAGUAAAUAACUUGCAUGGAGAUUACCAACUUGCAAAUGGGUAUGGACAUAGUAAGGCGAAAGAGAUUCUUAAGAAACACAGAAACAGUUUUGUUACAAUGGAAGAUUUCAAGUUUCUAUAUAGACAUGGGAUAAAUGCAGUGAGGAUACCUGUUGGUUGGUGGAUUGCUUUUGAUCCUAAUCCUCCAGCUCCAUACGUAGGAGGUUCCUUAGAAGCUCUUGAUAAUGCGUUCUCAUGGGCACAAGCCUAUAAUAUAAAAUGCAUAAUUGAUCUACAUGCGGCUCCUGGCUCUCAAAAUGGGAUGGAACAUAGUUCCAGUAGAGAUGGUACAACAGGCUGGCCUACUUCUCCAGAUUAUAUCUCACAAACACUGGAUGUUAUAGAUUUUCUGGCUUCAAGGUAUGCUAGACAUCCUGCCUUGCUAGGAAUUGAGCUAUUAAAUGAACCAUCUGCUGCCUCAGUUCCUUUGGAAGUUUUGGUUCCAUAUUACAAACAGGGCUACCAAAUUGUUCGAAAAUACUCAUCAACAGCUUAUGUCAUCAUCUGUCAAAGAAUUGGCAAUGCUGAUCCGCUGGAACUGUACCAGGCUAACAUAGGCUCUAAUAACAUAGUAGUUGAUUUGCAUUACUACAAUCUUUUUGACACUUUCUUUGUUAAUAUGAGCUCAGAAGAUAAUAUUCAAUAUGUAUACAAGAGCAGGGAAGCUCAACUACAGGCUCUGAGCAGUGCAAAUGGUCCACUUGUUUUUAUUGGGGAAUGGGUGAAUGAAUGGAAUGUGACAAAUGGAUCUCAGAAAGAUUAUCAAAAUUUUGGAAGAGCUCAACUUGAGGUUUAUGGUGCUGCUUCUUUUGGAUGGGCAUAUUGGACUCUCAAAAAUGAUAGAAAGCAUUGGGAUUUUGAAUGGAACAUUAGGAACAAUUAUCUCCAGUUUGGUAAUUCACCAGCCAAGCAAAUUUUCAACAAUGUAGUAUUGCUUGGAUUGGUCGCUACUUUCUUCUUUCUGCAUCCUAUAUUAUAGUGGACAUCAUAAGAGUUGCAUAUGGUACAGAGAUGGCAAAAUCUAAGCGGCUGGUUUCUUUCUUUUUCUUCCUUUUCUCUUUCCUUCUAUGUUUCAUUCAUAUUGCAAAUUUGCAAGCUCAAUAAUAUUGUUAGAGCAGAGUGUAAUCAUGGGAAAUGCUAAUGGUCCUGUAAAAGCAUGGAAGCUACAUUUGUUAUGCUUAUCUUCAAUAAAUAUGCAAAGGAAAGAAAAAUUUCCCCCUUC